AUGAGCGUCUCAGUUGGUCUGUGGGACGCUGAGGCUGGGCUGGCUCGCUUAGGCAGCGGACUGGGCGCCAGCAUGUCGGGCAUCCCAGACUACCUCAAGGUCGACCUCAAGCGCGACGCUCAGGGCAUCGGGCACAAGGCAGAUCUCUUUGGCUUUCACUGGUGGAACCAUGUGUUCAACAGCGCAGCAAGCAAAAUCGUGGUUGAAAGCGAUGGCCUUGACAACGACGAUGGCGAGGUCAACGUCAAGCAGUCCACAACGGAGCGCACCAUGGUGAGCGCCAAACGACCGACCUUGGUCAAAUCGCGAGACACGUUUUACAGCGGGUUUGUCCGCGCCACCGAGGACCUGGCAAAGUUAAAGCGCGGCGCUGACGAUAGCGACAGCAGUGAUAGUGACAGCGACAGUGACAGCGACAGCGACAGUGACAGCGACAGUGACAGCGACAGCGACAGCAGCAGCAGUGACAGCGACGACGACCGCAACGAGCGCAAAAUUGACACUCGGUCGCAAAUGAACGAUGACGACCUUCUCAAAGCUUGCGGCGGCCGCACCGCGCACAAAGCCGCACGGCAUGGUCUUGGUCUGCACGGCAAGUUGACCCGUAUUGAGGAGCAAGAGCGUGCGUUCGCUGAAAAGCUCGCAGCGCAACGUGCGGCAGCCAAAAGCGCCACCAGCUCGCCAGCAUCCUCUGUGCCCGCCUCACCGCUGCCAAAGGCCACCACUCCGCAGAAGCGACGCAGUGAUGAAGAACCGACACUUCCUGCCUCCAAAGCCAGCCGAUUGCAAUCAGACUCGGAUGUCGCGAGCGCCAAGAGCAGCGCCGACCAGCAAGUGCCUCGAGACAAGUCGAGCGGCCCGACCGCCAUGGACAUUGACUCGCAGCUCGAUGAUUCCAGCUCGACGGCCAAGUCCAGCAAAAAGGACAAGGCCAGCAAAACGGACUCAAAGAGCAAGAAACUGCCGGCCGAAGUCGACAUGAAGGCGGACAAGAAGCAAGACAAGAAGGACAAGAAGCAAGAAAAGCAGGAGAAAAAGGAAAAGCAGGAAAAGAAGGACAAGAAGGACAAAGACCGGUCCUCCAAGAAAGACAAGAAGGACAAGAAAUGAAGCUUUGCUUUGACCGGUGGUUUGGAAUACUGCUACAAUAACUAUUUUUUGCCAAAGUCGUCCAAA